UGUUGCUCGGAGACUUUUAAAACCGAGGAGCGCUUGCUCGGGCCGUCCUGACUUGGAAGGCCAUGACCAGCCUCCGAGAGAAGCGCCAGCACCCCGCGGCAUUGAGGAGGAAACCGGACCAAACCGAACCACUCCGGCUCCCAGCCCGGGGUGUUCCUGAGGGAGCAGAGCCCCGGGAACGUGGGGCCCAGGCAAAGGGCCCCGAAGCGCCGCUGUCCCGCCGCGGGGCUGGCAGGGAGCGGGGGAAGGGGCGGGCCCUCCCUGGCUCCGUUGCCCGGCAGCGGCCGCGGCUCCGCCAUGCAGGCGGGCGAGCGGCGGGGGCGGCUGCGGCGGGAGGCGGCUGAAUAUUACCGAGGGCACCGGGUGCCGGAGCGGAUGGAGGAGGCGCUGAACACCCUGUUCCCGCUGCGCCCCGGGGAUGUCUACGGGGAGCUGGCUAACUACUUUUCUAAAUUUUCAAAAGCACCAGUAAUAUGCAAAUUGGUUGGAAGAAACGUUCUUGAUGGAGUUGGUCAGCCAACAUUAGAAGUGGAAAUAUACUGCACAGUUAAAAACUAUGAGAAGAGGAUUUGUUCCACUAUAAUGGCUUCUCAUUCUCAAAUACCUGAAAAUGCUUUACCUGAAACAAUUGAAGCUGAUGAGAAAGAAAGAAAGGACUCUGUUCAUACUGCUGUGGAAUGGGUCAAUGAAUCACUGAACACAAUGUUGAGAGACUUGGAGUCUACUGACCAGUGUCAAGCUGAUAAGAUACUUGGUGAAUACUUUGCAAAAAAGGUGGAAGAAAAAAAGGAAAUUCAAAAGCGAGAGGAAGAAGAAGCAGCAAAAGUUACUCCUGCCCCUUCUUCAUGCCCUCCAACCCCAAUACCUAAGCAAAAAAAAGGAGGAAAACCAGUAAAGAAGGUGUUAGUGAAAGAGAAUCCCAUCCCACCUGCAGAACCUGCUGAACCCGUGCUGUGUGGCAGCUUGGCCAUUGGGGGAACAUCACUUGCCAUAGCAAAGGCUGGGGCCACCAUUAGCCGUGUCCCAUUGUACUUAUAUAUUGCACUGCUGAAACAUGAUCAGGAGUCACCUAAAGAAAUGAUUCUACCACUCCCAAUGGUUACUCUGUUGAACUGUGAAAAAAAUUUACCUACGAAACUGAAAUUAGUGAAAGAAGUUAUGCUUAUACCACCAGUUGAGUUAUCACUCAAACAGGGCAUAGAAAGAAUUCAGGAUAUUCAGAAAGAAUUGACAAGACUGUUGGAGCCUUCAGGCAAAAUGCCUGGUCCACAAGCAGACAGUAAGAAAGGAAAAGCACAAAGUUCGGGGAAGAAAGCUCCGCCAGCACCCUUAAAAAGAAUAUCUCACUUAGGCUGCCUGACAACAGGAUAUGAUAAUCUAGAACAACUGCUACUCCUAAUGCAAGCAGCUUGCAAAAAUAUAGGUCUGGAGCUAGGAACAGACAUGUACUUAGCAAUAAAUUGUGCUGCUCAUCAAUUAAUGGAUUAUGAUAAAGGAAAAUAUGAAAUACUCACUGGAACGUUCAAAAGUCCUGAUGAAAUGGUUGCCAUGUAUGUGGAAAUGAUUAAUAAUUUUCCUUUUAUUAUUGCAUUAAUAGAUCCCUUAAGAAAAGAGGACAGAGAACAGUGGAGUAGCAUCUGUUGGUCCCUUGGUUCCAAAUGCUACCUGAUUGCUGAAGAUGCUGCCACACAUAUUUCCAAACUCAAAACUGACCAAAACAUAAAUAUAGCAAUGUGCAGUGGUGUUGUGCUGAAAUACAUUAACCAAACCAAGGUGUCAGACCUCAUAGAACUUACUGGAAUUCUCGAUGGUCAAAGACAUAUUACCAUAUUAGGAAGUCCAGAUGGAGAAUCUUUAGAUGAGAGCCUCGUGGAUCUGGUGAAACAAAACUUGAAUUUAUUGAUUUUGCUGCAGAAUCACAGCCAGAACAACUUCCUGAUGUGCUUCCUGCUCCAGAGCAGGAUUAGUUGCCUCCACAGCUCUCAGCCAGCCCUGCAGGUUCACAGCUCAGCUCCCAGAGAACAGCAGCUGACUUACAGCAGCUCACAUUAACUUUGGGAUAAAUCUCUAAGAAAAAACAUUUUACUAGGAAACUCAUAUAUUAACUACUCCUAAAUCAAUUUAUUUUCAUUCUAGUAUGAAACUUAUAUAUUAAAUUUUCCUUAAUCCGUUUCUUUUCAAGCAUUUCAGCCAAGUAUCUCUAAGAGAUUUCAAAUACUGGCUUCUCUUUUCCCAGGGAUCAUUGCCUUCAGCUGAAGCGAAAUUAACUGAGCAGCGACUAUAGUCUGAAAAUUCUGUGUUGCAUUUACAAAUUGACAAAACAAAUACUGCUGUGUUAAGUCCAAAACUAAAUGUUUGUUUUGAGAAAAUCAGAUUCUCCCUUGAUACAAAGAGCAAGCUGUUGACAAACAGUAAAAAAAAAAAAAAACCCACCACAUUUUACAAAAAAACAAAGGCCUUGACUGUUACGCUGCUCCAUCCCCACAUCCCUCAAUGCUGCUCUGAGAUCCAGCCUGCAAAGGAGAUUUUGCUCCCGUUGUAGCCCUCAAGACAAGUGCAUCAGUGCAAACCCCAAAUGUUGGGCACAGAGUUGUGACUGGCAUCAGUAGGAAGCCUGCUCCAGUUGGAAGCAGAGAGUAACAAGUCAAUUCCACAAGAUCUGGGAAACUUGUCAGGAGUCUUUUUAAUAAGCAACAAUGAAAAGUUAAAGAAAUAAUUUAUGUUCUAGGUAA